AUGGUUAUUACUUUUGUGCCUUAUCCAGAUAUACCUUUUUUGAUAAAUAUUUAAAAAAAUCAUUAGGCUUUGCCUGGAUUAAUCUAUAAGGUAUAUAAAAAAAAGUUUAUCUUCCUUAGAUGACAGAAGGCUUGGAAAACAAAGGGUAGAAGCUUAUCAAAUUAUCCAAGCUCUCACAGAAAAAAAUAAAAAGAAAAAAGGCUGGACAAAGCACCCAGCUACAUUGAUGUGAAAAGGAUAUGAAAACUGCUUGAAAUUUUACCUUAAUGAGUGCAUAAAAGAAUGAAUUUCAAGAGAAAAAGUCAAUAAUUUGCCAUUAUUUGAUGUAGAUGAAGAGGAUAUUGAGUACCCAUGGUGGUGGGGGUGGGAAAUUGUUCACCAAAGCCAUAUGUGCGCAUUAAUGAGAAAAAAUCCAUGGGAUUAUGAAGGGUUUAAGAGUGAAAUUAAAGAUUUCAUGAUAAAUUAUGGAUAUGUGUGGCCAAGCAAGUGCUCUGAGGAGGACAAAGAGCAGGAAUUUGAUGAAGAGUUAGCGAAAAGGAUCUGUGCAGAGAUUAAUCCAUUGCAAUUAAGGCCGUUUUGUAAGCAAGAAGGGUGCAGAAAUUUCCAGAAACAUGAAAUGAAGGGUAUAGCGUGGGCAUGCUCUUGGCUUUAAAUUUAAAAUACCUUAUUAAGUCAAUGGCCAGAAUUUAAGGAAUUUAUAAGAGAAUGUCAAAAGAGUACUAACACUAUAAAAAAAUGGUUUUUAAAAAUUAUUGUGGAGUCCAUCUGAACAGAAGAUCAAAAGGGAAGAAAAAGAAGAAGACUGAAGAAGAUUCUAAUUAA